UUAUUCCUUCGUUUAUGGCUUAUAAUAAGACUCUGUUUGGCGGUGUCUAUGAAUGGAGAAUUUUCGAAUCGUAAAAAGAGUUUUUUUAUUAUUGUUUACGGAGACACAGAAUUCAACACUCAAUUAUAAUCCUUGAUGCCCACCAUCGUUUAUUUAACCUGCUUCACCCGAGAAAAAUUCAUUCCUGUUUGGUUGAAAAGUGGAUAUAGAUGGACACCAGAGUUAGUACUCAGUUAAAAAGUCAGUCGAAGCAAGUGGGUUAUGAAGAGAAGACGGCUGCAGUUCAUGACGAAAUGAAGAGAAUGAACCGACUUCCUGCCAACAGCACUUAUGCUACUCAUCGCUUGCGGGUUCUUAAUAAGAUACUGCAACUUAUGUCCAUUCAGUUCAGAUAUUGGAAAAAGUUUCAUAAGGAAUGCAUGUACAAUCUUAGAGAGUCGCAGAUUAUAUUUGUGAAAGUUCAAAGGUCAUUGCAUAGCCCCAAGGAAGCAGGGUCAUCAAUCUCAAGCUUAGUGCUGCAAAGAGAACUGUGGCACAGGAUCAGGAGUUGGAGUUGCUUUUUGCUGGGCUAUCUCUGUGAACCAACCUGUCUAGAAUGACAGAUCUAGGAUCCCUCUAUCCCUGGAAACACCUUUCUAUACCCCGUGGUUUGUGUACAAAAGUGGUGCACAGCGCACAUUUCUGGCAUGCUGAUAUUUAGUGGUUGUGAAUAUCUUUCAUACCUAUUCUAAAUUGACAUGUUCUGUAUAUACUGUUUGAUAAUCUGUGGACAAAUAUGCUAAUGAUACAAGCUUCUUUGAUCAUCAAUUUGGCUUUACUUCUUUGCAUCA